AUGAUCCAGACUCCAAAGCAGUCACCUGUGUACUGUCCUGGGCAUACACGUCCGGUCGUUGAUAUCUGUUAUAGCGGAGAGACAGAUUGCGGACAUCUUUUCAUCACUGCUUCAAAAGAUGGUAAAGCAAUUCUGCGCCAAGGUGAUACAGGAGAUUGGAUUGGAACAUUUUUAGGUCAUAAAGGAGCUGUCUGGUCGUGUGUCUUAGACAAGCAUGCUACUAAGGCUGCUACAGGGGCGGCGGAUUUCACUGCCAAAGUAUGGGAUGCAAACUCCGGUUCGGAGCUCCUUUCAAUCACCCAAGAUCAUAUUGUUCGGUGCGUUGACUUGAGCAAAACUGACUCAGGCGCAAAAUUACUCACUGCUAAUAACUGGAAAAAGAUUUCGGUCUAUGAUCUAAACGCUCCUAAAUCACCCAUAUCCGUAUUCGGGGGACACGAACAAAUAAUUCGUCGACUGCUAUGGUGUGGCGAAGAUAAACUUGCUUUAUCCAUAUCGGAGGAUAAAACUAUCCGCUUGUGGGAUCUCCGAGAUAUUCUGAAGCCAGCUGCAGUUCAUCAGAUAUGGUCCAAGGAAUUAUCAGACCCAGUCAACGAUAUUCAAUUCCAUAUCCCUUAUAAUGAAGAUCAAGUGAAAGCUGUGGUAGCAUGUGGAAACUCAAUCCAGACUUAUACGUUUGACUGGCGUUAUAGCAACGUGAUAGAAGCACCUGAAGCUUUCCCAAAAUUCAGUCUAUCGUGUCCAGUAAAUUCUGUCAGCUUGCAUCCCACUGAAAAAUUACUUGUAUGUGGUGGAGAUGAUCACAUAAUAUAUCGAUUAAAUUCGGAAACUGGUGAAAUAUUAGAAACCUGCAAGGGACAUUUUGGCCCUCUACAUUGUGUUAGAUUUUCUCCCGAUGGACACGUUUAUGCAAGCGGUAGUGAAGAUGGCACUGUUCGUUUGUGGCAAACUGUUGUUGGAAGUGACUUUGGAUUAUGGAGAUUGACUGUACCGAAUGAAGUUUCUGCUGUUAAUUGCUCAAAUUUAUCUGUAUCUGCCAAAGAUCACUGUAACACGAAUUUAGCCGAAGUACCGGCUACUGGUGAUACUAUUAAUAGUUGAUCCUUUUACAUAUUUUUUUCAUUAUGAAUCUCAUCAGAAAUAUUAUUGUGGUUUUUAUAAUCCAUACCAUUAUGUUAAUGCUAUAGUAAAUUUCAACCAUAAACUACUUCUGCUGAGAAAUAAUUAAGAGGACUUUGUACAGUACUGACUUCAGUUGUCAACCCUGUCAACAGUUUUAUGAAUAGAAUAUUUUUGAUAAAAUAUGAAAUUUAUUUACUCGUCGUUUGUUUUAUUCACACUGCAGAUCAUUAAAAUCAAUGCUCAGUAUUAGGGUGUGUAAAUUCUGUUUCUCUUCAAUUGUAUUAGCUUCUCUACAAUGCUUAUAUUGAUAUUUCGAUACCUCAUGGAGUGUAAAACGAUCAUUGGUCAAAAUACUUCAAGAACAAUGCCUGAACUACCUCGUCUUAUUUACUCUAGUCUAGAUAACCAUGCGGUAUUGCGUGCAUUCAUAUAGUAUGGUUUGAAACUGGUCAUGAAUUUCAUAGUUCGUUAUUAUUACAAUCAGGAUAAUAUGGGGGAGAUAACUGCUUUAUUUUAGCUAACUUGAAUAGCUUAAAAGAGUGAACAUUAUAUGGGAAAAUUGAUAUCUUCGUCGGAAUGUCGCCACAAAAUCCUAAUUGUCAG